AUGGAAAUGGUUUUUGACGUUCUUCGGUCAAAUAGACCGAAACCGUUAAAUGGUUGCGAUUUCAAUAGCUUGCCGGUUCACAGACGGUGUACGUCUUUACCUAACAUGGCUGUGCGGACAAAUCCCGGGGCCAAUGUACCAGAGUUCGGAUGGAAAUCAAUGUCUAAUAUAACACCACCUGUUGUCGACGAUCUCCAGGAAAGUAAACAGAAACCGUCGGAAAUCGGUCAUUUCCUUAGUUUUCCGGUGCACAAAAGGUCUGUGUCGUUACAUAACAUGGCCUUGCUGAAAAAUUCCACAGCUGAAGCACUGGAGACCUGGUGGAAGUUUACGCAUAAUAUAUAA